CAAAGUAAUUGCUAUCUGGCACUACAUUUGAUUCUUAUAAUUCUGCUUUUGUAGAGUUUCAGAAUGAUCCUGCAGGCAAUUUUUGGAUUGGUUCUCCUAUGUUGUCAUUUUGUUACCAAUGACGCUCAAAGUGUGGGUGAUUGUGAUUUUGAGGGAAGUAAGUGUCAUUGGAGAAACGCAAAGGGCGAAGACGAUUUUAACUGGACUCGUAAACGCGGGCGAACAGCAAGCAUCAUUACUGGACCAAACAGGGAUCACACUACCGGAUAUGGGGUAUAUUUAUACAUCGAGACAUCCUCCCCACGCUACAAAGGACAAGUAGCUCGACUUAUAAGUCCCCGGAUGCGAGGUCCUCAAUGCAUGACACUUUGGUAUCACAUGCAUGGUCCUGACAUAGGGCACCUUGCCAUUUACGCCAACAACAAUGGAUCACUUCGUCUCCUUUGGCUUAAAGGCGGAGAACAAGGACAUUAUUGGCAUGAGGCACUCAUUGAUAUCCUGGAAACUGGAGAAUACAAAGUGGAAAUAGAUGGAGUUCGCGGGAAAAGUUAUCGAGGUGACAUAGCUAUCGAUGAUAUUGCUUUUUAUCCUGGCGUUUGCACAAAACAAGCUCCACCAAAACUGUAUACUUAUGCUGAUGUGGAUCAUCAUGGUCUCAUGGACCAGCAAGGCCUACCAUCACCUGGUCCACGGUCGCUCCAAUAUGGCCUCCAUCUGCUGCAAGAACCAACUGACAAACACGAUCAGUUCUAUUUAAUAUGCAAAGACCAAUCAGGACUCAGAAUCAUCAAAACAGAAUACAUACCUCGACAGACGUUUCCAUGUGAGCCGAGGGAUUUCUUCUACUCGUCCAAUUCCAACAGAAGAGGAUUGUACCCCUUUUUUGUAGUAGACAAAGGGAAAUCUGCUCCACAGAUGAUAUCAUUAAAGAAUGAUACCACCUAUUGUAGUGGACCAAGUAGCGUUACCCAGUUGUUUGCAGCAUCCAUCGAACUUUCUGUGAAUCUUGCAUACAACAGCAGCGUGUCACUGUCUUCACACGUACCAGGCUUUAAUGCAACGUUCGUUAUUGAUGGAGAUUACAAGACAUGUGCCAAGACUCUUAAGCAAGACAAUCCCUGGCUGGAAAUGAAGCUCAGUGGCUCACAAUUCAUCUAUAAAGUUUAUGUCUCCACACGACAGAACUGUUCAUAUGGCGACCAUUUGCCUAACAUAACAGUCAGAAUUUAUGAUCAGAAUAUUCAAGUCUCAUGCAAGACUACUGACCAACGUGCAAAGAAAACCUCGCGUGUUUUCUUGUGUCAGCCUCCUUUACGUGCUCAUAAAGUUCGCAUAGAAAAUCAUGGAAAACAGAUUCAGCUAUCACUAUGUGAGGUUAUUGUAAACGCUGUAGAUUCUCUUGAACAUCUUCAAGGCGUUAAAGCAGAAACUUGGCGUAGCAUUAGUUACAGCGACCAGUUGUUGACCUUCAUUAAAAGCCCCAAAAGAUACGACUCUCCAGAUAUCAGCGAAACUCACUAUGAAUUCUUCGACGAAGAUUUUGGUCUAAAUAAUUAUGGUCAGCGGCUUACUUCUUUUAUACAGGCCCCAGAUGACGGAAGAUACAAAUUUUUUGCCAUGUGUGACGAUCAGUGUAAGGUGUGGAUGAAAUACCUAAAGAGCUUCUCUGACGUUUUUGUUGUCGAAGAUUUGGAAUACAAGGAGCAAGAACUUCUACAACUUAUAUUUGUGACUCGGUAUACUGGCUAUGGACGGUGGUCCAAAUACUCUUUUCAAACGCAUAGCAAGGACCUCGACUCAUGCCACAUGUACAUGUUAGAAACGUCCGUUAAAGAUAGUCAAGGACGAGGUUAUAUUGGUGUUGGCUGGAAAACGCCCAAUGGAGUAAACAACAGACCCUUGAGUCUUCCCAGUAUGUUUUGGAUUCUUCCAGGUCUCCAGAUGCUAAAUACUACACUUCUUGAACCACCCAUGAAACAACGUUCAGUAGUCGUUGGACAGACAAUGAAAAUCCUAAUGUCAUAUCGCCUCUGUUGCCAUGGUAUCUACUGCCCCGCAUCAUGUUCAAAAUCAGUCAGACUUCAAUUACUGGGGUAUACCUUCGUGGUUAACUCUUCCCUGUCAACCACAUGCCAGUGGUACAACUAUACAACAAGCUUUGUCAUUGAAAAUCAUCCCGGGAAAUAUGACAUUAAGGUUUUAGAGUCUACAUCCAACACCAGCAUCAACAGUCGCACUAUUAGAGAUCUUGAAAUCAAAGCUCGUGUUCUCCAAAGCUGUUUCUACCAGGAUGAUUCAUGUUCGUGGACAAUUAAAGGCGAUGGUGGAUACAUGGGAUGGGUUGUCGAAAAAACUGCAAAUAACAAAGGACUGUACAUGCAAGCUGAAGCCAACACUACCGCGUUGUUACAAAGCCCCAUUGUUCAGCCCCAGCUAAUUUAUCGGUCUAUAGGACUUUGUCUAGAGUUCAGCUAUCGAAAUAACCAUGAAUCUUCCCAGUUGGAGGUCAUCGUUUAUACACUUUAUAAUCAGACAGUUCUGUGGCAUUUAAAAGGAAUGCAGGGCUCCCAGUGGAAUGAAGCAGCUAUUCCGUGGCCUGCCUACUUAAUCAGCCAGAUUCAGAUUCGAGGAAACACAGACACCAAAAGCAGUGUUGCCGUGUCUGACAUUCGUCUCUCGACAAUAAAAUGUUCUUUAACACCGAAGCAUGCUACAUCAGGACACGUCUGCGAGGCUGAUGAAUUCCAAUGCCACAACGGUGAAUGCGUCAAAUCCAAGUUACGAUGCGAUGGGGACUACGCAUGUGUAGAUCAGUCAGAUGAAAGGAAUUGCGCAUGUCGAUCAUCGGAAUACGAAUGUCCGGAUGGAAAGUGUUUAGCAAUUACAAAGUUAUGUAAUGGAAUAAAGGAAUGUGCAGAUGGUUCAGAUGAAGCAGGCUGUGGUAACGUGUGCAAUGAAAACCAGUUUUCCUGUCUGGAUGGAUCUUGUUUACCAUGGUCUGUCACGUGUGAUGGGGUGUGGGACUGCAAGGAUGGAUCAGACGAGCCGGACAUCUGCUCCUCGCUUAGAUGUCCGUUAAACAACGUUAAUUGUGCAAGCAUAACAGAUAACUCUAUUCCACGAAAGCAGUGCCGAACCUUUAGAGGACCCUGUAAUUUUGAGUAUGGAUUCUGUGGACUUACAACAAACGCCACAAAUCGAUCGAGCAAAGCAAAAUGGCAAAUAAUGAAAGGCCAAACCCCAACUUCAGAAACUGGCCCUUUAAUUGAUCAUACAAGACUAGCUGCAAAUGGCAGUUACCUUUACCUCGAAGUCUCAGGACUAGUUCGUGAUGAUGCAGCACAACUUUACAGUGAUUGGAUCGAGUACACUAAUGUCACGUGCCUACAAUUCUGGUACCACAUGUGGGGACGUCACGUAGGUGACCUAAAUGUAUACAUCAUGACCAACCAGACGAGAAUUAAGAUGUGGAGUAGGUCAGGAGACGCUGGUCCAAAAUGGAGGUUCGGACAGACAACCAUAUACAACAAUGGAAGCAGUUUUAAGUUUAUAUAUGAAGCAACCGCUGGUAAUGGUAACGAGGGUGAUAUUGCUAUUGAUGAUGUGGAUCUCAUCACAGGAAAAUGCGAUUUAUCUCAUUUUGGUUCGAGUAGCUGUAACUUUGAUCGUGACUUUUGUAACUGGAAAAGCAACGCUGGAUGGGUUUUGCAAAGUGCAGAUUCACAAAGUACUGAUGUCCCUGCUAGAGACAAGCAAACUAUUUAUGGUGGUUAA